GUAAUUGCUUGCUAUUUCGCCUCCCGCGGAAGGUAUUUUGAAAGGGGCCAAAAACUGCAAAAGAAACUCCCAGAUGAGCAUUGGAGACAAAAAUCUUUCCUGGUGCGAGCUGGUUUUGAAGGAACCAGAACGAGAAGUAAGAAAAGGAAACCGUGGCAUCCCAAAAUACACUUCUGGAUUUGGUAUCUUGACGGAAUGGAGCCUGUAUUUGACAAUACAUGUUCAAGAAGAAAAGGUCGUCCCUGCUCAUGGAUUCCUCGUCUCCAUUUGUAA